CGGCCGCCCGGGGCCAUGAGCGCGGCGGCGGCGGGGGGGCGAAGCGGCCCCGGGCGGCGGCGGGGCGGCGGGGGGAGCCCGGCGGGGCGGCGGGCGGCGGGCGGGCGGCGGCGCCGCGCCCUGCGCUCCCUGGGCAGCCUGGCCGGGCGGCUGCUCCGCACCUGGGCGCGCCUGGCCGGGGGCCGCGCUAGGCGCCGAGCCGUGCCGGAGGACGAUGAAGGCGGGUUUCGGGGGGGCGGCGGCCCGGGGGUGGGGGGCCGGAGGCGGCGGCCCGGGGGAGCGGCGGCGGCGGCGUGGGGCGGCGGGAGCGGCGACGCGGAGCGGCCGCCGGGCGCGCAAGGGCUGCGGAACCACGGGAACACCUGCUUCAUGAACGCGGUGGUGCAGUGCCUCAGCAACACGGCGCCGCUGGCCGAGUUCCUGGCACUGGGCCGGUACCGCGCCCGCGGGGCCCGCGCCGAGGUCACGCACCGGCUGGCGGCGCUGGUCCGCGCCCUCUGGACCCGCGACUACACCCCGCAGCUCUCCGCGGAGUUCAAGAACAUCGUCUCCGAGCACAGCGCGCAGUUCAGGGGCAACGCGCAGCACGACGCGCUCGAGUUCCUGCUCUGGCUGCUGGACCGCAUGCACGAGGACCUGGGUGCUGUGUCCCCCGCCCAGCACCCUCGUGUCCCCGAGGAGGCUGGCGAGGACGGGAUCAUCGAUGCCAGCAGGUCCCCACCGGCCGCCUGGCAGCCCCGUGGGCAGAGCUUCGUGCAGAGCCACUUCCAGGCACAGUACAGGUCCUCCCUCACGUGCCCGCAUUGCCUGAAGCAGAGCAACACCUUCGACCCCUUCCUGUGCAUCUCCCUGCCCAUCCCGCUGCGCCAGACCAGGGCUCUCAACGUCACCCUGGUGCUGCAGUGCGAGCGCUGGCGGUUCGUGCGGGUGGGCCUGGCUGUGCCGCUGUUGGGCACCGUGGCUGAGCUGCGGGAGAUGGUGGCGCGGGAGGGACACAUCCCCCCGGAGCAGGUGAUCCUGGCCGAGGUGUCCCCGCGGGGGUUCCUGCGCUCCCUGGGUGACUCGGACACGCUGGGUGGGGCCGGGGAGGGGGCGCCGCUCUACGCCUUCCAGCCGCCCCCUGCCCGCCACACAGGGUGUCCCCGCAGCCUGCCCGCCUCCCCCGGGGGGGCCCAGCCCGAGGGACAGUGCCUGCUGCCCGCUGCCGCCCGCUCCUGCGACUGCCUGCACGGCUGCCUGCACGGCCCGGGCGGCCGCAUCCUGCUGCUGCUCUGCAACACGGCGGGCACCGGCCCCCGCCUCGCCAGGUUCGGGCCACCGCUGGUGCUGCAGGAGGAACGGGGCGUCUCCUGGGAGCAGCUCCAGCAGAGCAUCCUGGCCCAGCUGCGGGCGCUGCUGCGGGGAGAGGUGCGGGCACAGGGUGCAGGGACCCUCUUCCGCAUCCGCCUGGCAGGGGGCUUGGCCACCUGUGCCUACCUGUCCCCGCAGGACCCCCGCCCCCUCUGCCACCCCGCUGUCGACAGAGCCCUGCAGCUGAGCCAGGGGGGUGGCCCUCCCCACGUGAAGCUCACGGUGGAGUGGGACAUGAGCACCAAAGAGCGCCUUUUUGGGGACAUCCAGGAGGAGGAGGUGCAGGAUGCGGAGAGCGUGCGGCUGCAGCAGCAAGCGCACCGGCAGCAGCACAGCUGCACGCUGGAUGAGUGCUUCCAGCUCUACACCAAGGAGGAGCAGCUGGCCCCAGACGACGCCUGGCGCUGCCCGCACUGCAAAGUGCUGCAGCAGGGCACGGUGAAGCUGAGCCUCUGGACGCUGCCCGACAUCCUCAUCAUCCACCUCAAGCGCUUUCGGCAGGUGGCUGAGCACCGGCACAAACUCACCACGCUGGUGAGGUUCCCGCUGCGGGGCCUGGACAUGGCCCCCCAUGUGGCACAGCGGGGCCAGGCCAGCGGGCAGAUGUUGGGGCGCUGGGUGCCCUGGCAGCCCCCACCUUGCUCCCCCAGCGACUACCUCUACGACCUGUAUGCAGUCUGCAACCACCACGGCAGCAUGCAGGGGGGGCACUACACCGCCUACUGCUGCAAUGCCCUGGACGGGCGCUGGUACAGCUACGACGACAGCCGGGUGGAGGGGGUGCGGGAGGCCGAGGUGAGCACCCGCAGCGCCUACAUCCUCUUCUACCAGCGCCGCAACGCUGCGCCCGCCUGGGCGGCCGGCAGCUCCCUCCGGGGUUCCCACUGGCUGACGCGCCUGAGCACCAGCACAGGGGACACCGCAGCUGUGGGUCACUCGGCCACCCGGUCCUCGCCGCCUGGCACCCCUGAUGCCACCACUGCCCUGGAGAAAGGUGGCUUCGAGGCCAGACCCUUGGUUCGGGGUGUCCAGGGCCGCAGCCUCAGUGUGAAGCUCCCACCCGCCAGUGCCCCCCCCGUGGCUGUGCCCCCCCGCUGGUCUUUCUCCAGCAAGGAGCGGGGCCGGCUGGGGGUCCCAGGGGGGCUGGUGGCAUAUCUGGAGUCAGGGCGCCGGCCUUCCUGUAUCCGCCGCUCCCUCCUCCCGCUCGGCACGGGUGGGGAGAGUGACCCCGACACCCCUCCAACCCCCAGCCCCCUGCCAGGUGGCCCCCCAAAACAGCCCGGCAAGGGGCAGGAGGAGCCGGGCACUCCCCGAGCCCCCCGCCAGCCCCUCCGUGUGCCCACACUGCGACGAGCCGCCAGUGCCAGCGCCGAGAGGACCCCGCGCCAACCCCCAAAAAAACAGAGCAGCCCGAAGCAGAGUGGGGAGGGGACAGGGGGGCUCCACCACCCCAGGCGGCCGCAGCCGGAGGGGGACGUGGGUGUCCCUCCAGCGCAUCUGUCCUCCAGCUCAGUGACCAUAAAUCGCUCACAGAGCUCAGCCAGCCUGCCCCUGCGCCCCGAGAGGGGCCUGUGGCGCUCAGCCUCACUGGGCAGGGGUGUGAGGGAGCCCCCCCUGCCCGCCUGGGGUACCCCCGGCACCACGCUGCAGCGGGGACGGCAGCCUGUGGGCUCUCUGUGCCGCCCGACCGUGCCAGAGUCCAGCUUCUGAGCCACGGCCCCCGGCAGCGCUCCCCCCGGGCAUCCCAAACCAGGGGCUCCCAAACUGGAGGUAUCUCAACCCAAGAGGUCCUAAGCCAGGGCAUCCCAAAGCAGGGUCAUCCUGAACUGGGAACAACCCCAAGUGGGACACCCCAACCUGGGGGCUCCCAAACCGGGGCAUCCCCAAACUGGAGGCAUUCAGGUAUCUUGAAGCUGGGUCAUCCCAAACUGAAGGCUCCCAGACUGGGGGUAUUCCAGUGCAGGAGCAUCCCAAAGCUGGAGCAGCCUGAAAUAGAAGCUCCCAACCCAGAGGCAUCCCAGCCUGGGGGCACCUGACCCAGGGGAGAUCCCGAACCUGGGCAUCCCAAACAGGGAAUCCUGACCUGAGGGCUCCCAAAUAGGGGCAUCCUGAUGCAGGUCAUGCCAGCCCAGGGCAUUCCAGACUGGGGGCAUCCCCAAAUGGGGGUUCCUGACCCUGGGGCAUCCCAAACAGGGGUCAUUGCAAACCAGUGGCUCUGAAACUAGGGGUAUCCCAACCCAGGGGCAUCCUGAACUGGGGACAUCACCCACUCACCUCCUCACAUCCCUUCCCAGGGAGCAGGGGGGCAGGCAUGGGCUCCCGGCUCUGCCACCUCUAAGGCAUGAGAGUUAUUUAUUGUACCAGGAGAGUUUUAUUCAGAGACGCUUUUUGUUUUCUAAAAGGCGACUAUUUUUGGGGGGGCGGGCGGGUCCCCCACACCACGAUCUAUGCAAUACGCGAUUCUUCCAGCCAGCUUUUUUAUGUGGGGGCUGCGGCCCCACCGCCGGCGGUUUCUAUUAAAGACACGUGAAAGGA